AUGCAACUUCCCCCGCUCGCCGUUAUGGCCCAAUGGCCAACGCCAAACUACAUUGACCCUCCGACUCGCGGCCAUGGCGCUCUGGUGGUGAACGUGGUCUGCAUUUCACUGGCGUUUGUGGUGGUGAUGCUCCGUCUAUAUACUCGACUUCGAAUUACAUGCAGCACCGGUGUGGACGAUUUACUCAUCGUGAUCGGUCUCGCCUUUGCCAUCGGAAUGGUGGUCGUUACCUCGCUCGCUACGGAGAAUUUUGGCUGGAAUCGACACAUUUGGGACAUUCCGAUCCCUUGGCUGCCCACCGUGCAGAAACUCAAUCUCAGUUUCCAAAUUUUGUUCUCCAUGUCGUCCAGUACUACCAAGAUCUCCUUGCUGUGGUUCUGUCGACGACUUCUCGGUGCCGGAAAGGGCAACUUUAAGGUGUAUAACUGGGCCUUCAUUGUCUCGAUGAUCUUCGUUGCACUUUCUUGCAUUACGUUCACCCUGAUCAGUAUCUUCCAAUGCUCACCCAUUAAAGCCUAUUGGGAAAUUGAGCCCACGUACCACUACAAGUGCUUGAACGACCCAGCCAUUGUCUUCUCGGCCAGUGUGAUCAACAUCUUCACCGAUUUCAUCGCCACUGCAAUCCCGAUGCCUCUGAUCUGGAGUCUGAAGCUUCCUACCCGCCAGCGUCUCGCUGUUAUCUCCAUCUUUGGUUUGGGUAUCAUUGUCAACGUAGCAGGCUCUGUGCGCACCGUUUUCGUGUGGAAGAGUAUGGUUGCCAGCUACGACGUUACAUGGGUUGGAUGGCCAGUCCUGGUCGCCGCUGCAGUGGAGAUUUGCCUGGGCUUGAUCUGCUCUUCAGCACCAGCCCUCCGCCCACUGAUCGCAGCUUUCCUGCCGCACCUGCUCCAAUCCACACGCAACAUCAGCUACAACUAUAACCAGCGAAGUCGCUCCCAGAAGCUCUGGUCAUCAAUCGGCCGCUCACGGAACUCCCAUCACCCCAUUACCAACGACUCCCGACAACGCGACAACGAAAGCGACCGGUUCGAGAUCAUGCGGACUGUUGAGAUGGAAACCUGGACCGAGUCCAGGCUCGCCCACCACAACGACAUGGGCAAUACCUACAAUAUCUCGCACGACAACCUUCGCGCCGUCUCUCCCGAGAGUGCCAUCGACUUGAAGCAUAACGGCGUGAUCAUCACUUCUGCGGCGAGUUCCAAGUCUUCUGCUUCUACACCGCGCGAGAGCGAAUGGCCUCUCGGGAAUGGACACCCUCGCUGA